AUGGCACACGUGGACAAGAAACCAUGGCCUGACCCCUACAAGUGGGAGUCGAGGUCGCUCUUCAUCUUGUCACUGCAGAACCCAAUCAGGAAGUUCGCCAUCUUACUGUGUGAGAAUGGUCUGGACUAUGCAUCCAUCAUCGUCAUCAUCAUCAGCACCGUCUGCCUGUCUUUGUAUGAUCCCUUCCAGUCUCCCGACCGGCAGCCCAGCAACAAGGUGCGGGACUUGCUCGACCUGAUCUCCAAGUAUCUCAGUGGGUUGUUCCUGUUGGAGGCUGGCAUCAAGAUCUUAGCCUUCGGCUUCGUGGCGGGAAGGAAGACAUACCUGCGGGAGGGAUGGAACGUUCUGGACUUCUCCAUCGCCAUCAUCGGCGCCAUCUCCGACUUUGCGGGUCAGAACACCAGCCCCGCCGUCCGUUCCCUCCGCACUUUUCGUACCCUCCGCCCCCUCCGGACCAUAUCCAAGUUUCCUGACCUGCGCGCCAUGGUCGAGCUUGCGGCGAAGGCGUGGAUUAGGCUCAGCAGCCUUAUCUUCCUCCUCUUCCUCCUCCUCGUCAUGUUUUCCAUCCUGUCCUCCCAACUGUGGGCGGGCAUCUCCCGACGACGCUGCUACCACCAAGACUCCGGCACACUGCUCGACCCUGCUCAAGUCUGCUCCCUCGGACUGGCAGGAAACGCCUGGUCGCCUGGCAACCGGAUCGUGGGGUUGUACACAUGUCCAGCAAGCUUCCAGUGCCUGCCCCUGCUGCCCCCCGACCUCCAGGGUGUCAACUUUGACGACUUACGAUCUUCUCUGCUUGCAAACCUUCAGAUCAUCACCGUGCAAGGGUGGGUCGAGAUCAUGAACGUGGCGCAACAAGCCUUCUCUCCCUACAUGCUCUUCUACUUCGUCCCUCUGCUCAUAGCAGGGCCGAUCUACGUCAUGCAGAUGUUCCAGGUGAUCCUGAUCAAGACGCUGUCCGAGCUUAAGGACAAGGGCGUCAAGACGCAGAUCGUGACGUGGAAGGAGCGGCAGAGGAGGUUCACCCUCGACGUUCACUUCACCUUGUGGAGCGACCUGACGAUCAGUAGCGCGGUGCUGCAGGCUCGUCCGGAGGUGCGGGAGCUGCUGCUUGCGCGCAGUCUUGAGUCAGACUUCAACGCGUUCCUGCAGCUCAGGCGCAGGUUUCACAAGUGGCACCGCCAGCUGCCUCGCAUAGUCUUGGAGGAGAGCGCGGGGCGAUAUCACGAGGACGUCAAUCUCGUCGAGUCUGGCGGGUCGGAGUUGCUGCAGGUCGACGGGGCGGCCUCGGCUCCGAGCAAGGGGAAGAAGCGAAAGCGCAGGACGAAAACUUUCCUGUCGCGCAUCGCGCUGAGCAAGCGGCUCGAGCGAGCCACGUCGGUUGUGAUCCUCCUCAACACCAUCUCGAUGCUGCUGAACGCGGACAGGAAGUCGUUUGUGGGAGGACUUUACAGCUCAGAGCGAGACUUCACCUUCUUCCUGCUCAUCUUGGAGGCCUCCAACCUGAUCUUCACCAUCUACUUCUCCCUCGAGAUGGCCGUCAAGCUGGUCGGGAUGGGCAGGAACGCGAUCCGCGGCGAGCAGCUCUUCUGGCCGUGGGCUCCUCUCGCCUACUUCAGGAACGGAUUCAACUGCUUUGACUUCCUCACCGUCUGCAUCACCAUCGUCGACGUCCCGCAGAGCUGGACCAUGAUCCAGUGCCUUCGCGCCGCCGCCGCCGCCUCCUCCUCAUCCUCGCAGUGUCAGACGAGCAAGAGCGGUAUCUCGGUGCUCCGCAUGUUCCGCCUGGCGAGGCUGACGCGUCUCAUCCGCUCGGUCCCGGAGGUUCAGAAGCAAGUCGCCAACAUGGUGCGGGUCAUGCGCCCAGCAGCAGCCCAGUGCGCGCUCAUCGCCCUCUUCCUCAUCAUCUUCGCCACCAUGGGGCAGACGCUGCUGGGGUCGAAGCUUAGCAGUGAGCUGGGAAGGGUGUCAAGCAUGCAGCUGGGGAUGAGAGGGUACGUACAGGUGGAGGGGGAGGAGGUUGACGCCGGCCUGAUCGGUCAGCCCUGCUUCCUGACAGCCGUUGACUUCACGCGCGACCCUCGUCACCCCUUCCUCGUGCGGGUUGUGACGGGAUACUCGCUGUUCGGGAAGGAGGAGGAGGCAGUGUGGACGAGCUUGAACUUCUCCUCCUUCUUCAAGCUCAACCUCCUGCCCGUCGCUGACGCCAACCUAGACGGCUUCGUUGACGCGUCCGAGCUGAGAAACAAACUGGAGCAGCUAGGAAUGAGCUCGGCUUUUCUCGCUUCCUUCCUCUCACGCGAACCAGUCUUGACGUCCCAGCCGUCCAGCAGCGAGGGAGCAGCGAGCAAGCGAGGGGCGUUGAUGAGAAGUGAGCCGAGGAUCGGGUACGACACCAUGCAGGAAGGCAUCGUCUCGAGCUUUCAGCUCUUUUCGAUGGAGGGAUGGCCUGAGGUAGUCGCGAAUGUGGAUGGAGUGUCGACAGCAGGAGAGUCUACCUUCAUCUACUUCUCCUUCCUCAUUGGCAACUGCCUGCUCCUCAACAUGUUCGUCGCCAUCGUCGUCAUCGGCUUCGGCGACGCUGCCCGCGUCAUCAAACAAGCGCAGGCGCGGAAGGAGGCGGAGGAGGCGAUCCAGAAGAAUAAGGAGGACGAGCGGAGGGCGCGCAUAAAGCAACAGGCAGCAGAGGACGAGAGCAUCGAGCGGCAGGUGCCGGAUCGAGUGUGUGGGCUGUUCUCAGGGACGAAGAGGAACCCGACGGUGAGGUACUACACGGGUGUGCUGGUGACUUCCUCCACCUUCGAGAACGUCAUGCUGUGCGCUAUCCUCACGUCCUGCGUGCUGCUGGCGAUCGAGCGAUACCCUCCAAUAGUCGGUGAGCGAGAGAAGAUGCGAGGCAGAGGAGCACUAGCACGAGCACUAGCACGAGCACGAGUAGGAGCAGGAGGGACACCGAGUGCGAGUCAGAGAGAAUGUCUGAGAUGA